AUGGAGCUGGACCAGAGGACGAGUGGCGGGCUCCAUGCCUACCCGGGGCUGCGGGGCGGGCAGGUGGCCAAGCCCAACGUGAUCCUGCAGAUCGGUAAGUGCCGGGCCGAGAUGCUGGAGCACGUGCGGAGGACCCACCGGCACCUGCUGACCGAGGUGUCCAAGCAAGUGGAGCGCGAGCUGAAGGGGCUGCACAGGUCGGUGGGCAAGCUGGAGAACAACCUGGACGGCUACGUGCCCACCAGCGACUCGCAGCGCUGGAAGAAGUCCAUCAAGGCCUGCCUGAGCCGCUGCCAGGAGACCAUCGCCAACCUGGAGCGCUGGGUGAAGCGCGAGAUGCACGUGUGGCGGGAGGUGUUCUACCGCCUGGAGCGCUGGGCCGACCGCCUGGAAUCCAUGGGCGGCAAGUACCCGGUGGGCAGCGAGCCAGCCCGCCACACCGUCUCCGUGGGUGUGGGGGGUCCCGAGAGCUACUGCCAGGAGGCUGAUGGCUACGACUACAGCGUCAGCCCCUACGCCAUCACCCCGCCACCGGCUGCCGGCGAGCUGCCGGGGCAGGAGCCGGCUGAGGCCCAGCAGUACCAGCCCUGGGGCCCGGGUGAGGACGGGCAGCCGAGCCCCGGCGUGGACACGCAGAUCUUCGAGGACCCUCGGGAGUUCCUGAGCCACCUGGAAGAGUACCUGCGACAGGUAGGCGGCUCUGAGGAGUACUGGCUGUCGCAGAUCCAGAACCACAUGAACGGGCCAGCCAAGAAGUGGUGGGAGUUCAAGCAGGGCUCCGUGAAGAACUGGGUGGAGUUCAAGAAGGAGUUCCUGCAGUACAGCGAGGGCACGCUGUCGCGGGAGGCCAUCCAGCGUGAGCUGGACCUUCCGCAGAAGCAGGGUGAGCCACUGGACCAGUUCCUGUGGCGCAAGCGGGACCUGUACCAGACUCUGUACGUGGAUGCUGACGAGGAGGAGAUCAUCCAGUAUGUGGUGGGCACCCUGCAGCCCAAGCUCAAGCGCUUUCUGCGCCACCCACUGCCCAAGACCCUGGAGCAGCUCAUUCAGCGGGGCAUGGAGGUGCAGGGUGGCUUGGAGCAGGCGGCUGAGCCGGCUGGCCCUCAUGCCCCCACUGAGGACGAGUCCGAGGCCGUCACGCCUGCCCUCACCAAUGAGUCUGUAGCCAGUGACCGGACCCAGCCCGAAUAG